AUGGCACCGCCCUCGGCAACAGCGUCGGAUUCGAGACCUCUACAAGAUAGACACACUCAUUCCACCAGUCGGAACGGAUCCCAGAUCCCCAAGAGGCUGUAUUCCAUCUCUCGACCACCGUCUCUGGCCUCCUUUCGAAAGCUCUGCGCGCAAACGAUCACCGCCGACACCUACCCUCAAGCGUCGGCCGUCGUCGCCAACAUUCCCAUCUACAACCUCUCCGGCACACCACCUGAUCAGACCACAAUCGACCACCUCCAAGAUGAAUGGCACCACAUUCUGUUGUCUGGGCCGGGAGUGUUCGUCUUGCGCAACUUCGUGCGGGAGCGGGAGCGAGACACUGGCCUGCUCAACCGGGUCAACUCGGUCUUCUCGACCAUCAUCGAGUCUGAAGCCUCGGUCAGCAAAGGCGACCACUUUGCGGCCUCUGGCAAGAACUCACGGAUCUGGAACUCUUUCCAGAAACACGCCGAGCGAGAUCCGGCAUCUUUUGUCCUCUACUACUCCAAUCCGUGGCUGGCUCGAGUCUGUGAGACAUGGCUUGGUCCCGCCUACCAGGUGACGGCGCAGGUCAAUGUAGUCAAGCCCGGUGGCACACCACAGGUCAGCCAUCGAGACUACCACCUCGGAUUUCAGAGCUCGGAAGCUUGCUCGCAGUUCCCCAAAGCUACGCAAAUUGCCAGCCAGUCCUUGACGUUGCAAGGGGCCGUGGCGCACUCCGACAUGCCGCUGGAAAGCGGGCCGACCAGGUUCCUGCCCUUCUCACAGCAGUUCGAGGAAGGGUUCAUGGCAUAUCGCGUCAAGGAGUUUCAGGACUACUUUGACAAGAACUGGGUCAGUGUCGCGCUGAACCUUGGCGAUGCCGUCUUCUUCAAUCCCGCCUUGUUCCAUGCCGCGGGCCAGAAUCAAACAUCUGAUGUGGAACGGAGUGCCAACCUGCUCCAGAUCAGCAGCGCCUUUGGGAGAACCAUGGAGAGUAUUGACACCCUGACCAUCAUCUCCAAGUGCUGGGACGAUAUCAGGAAGUUGCAUGCGCAAGGCUCCUCCAGCGAGCGAGUCCAGGCCAUUCUAUCUGCAGUUGGCGAGGGCUAUCCCUUCCCCACGAACCUUGACCGCCGGCCACCAGCUCCGGGGGGGAUGGCGCCCGAAAGUGAAAUCGAUGUCAUGAAUCAAGCUUUGCUGCAAGGAUGGAACACCGAGAGUGUGGUCUCGGCCAUCAAAAAGAUCAGGGCCGACUCUAUGCCAUAA